UUUUUAAAACAACAUCUUCUACUUUCAUCAAACUUCGUAAAGCUGCGACAAGAGUUGGUGCUUUCUUGAACGAACGAAUGCGUGAGCGUGUAGCGCAUAACGGGACUUUCUUCCGCCAGGUUGCCCUCAAUGCACAUACCUGGGCUGAAGAAUUUGAGGUGAAGCAUAAGACGAAAUAAGAGUGUACAAGUGAGUGUUAUUGUUGCUCGGUUGCUACAGAAAGCCAGCCGACUGUCGUCAUCAAGCAUCAUCAUCAUCAUCUCGCUCGUUCGGGUAGAAAUAUGCCGGAUGCAAAGAACGAACCAACCCAAGCCGAUGGGGAAUGCAAAACUCACAUUAAAGAAAUUAUUUUUCGUUACGGUUCGCACUUGGAAAUAAUGGAUUUGAUGCGUACGAGCAUUAGUUAACAGUGUGGACAACGUACAGUGAGACUUAGUUUUACCAAACCAUAUUAUAGCUGGUGCAAUGUUUUGUUUAAAUAUUGUAAGCACACCGCACAACGCAAUAACUAACGGCUAAAGUAAAUCGCUUCGCAACGUGUUGUUGCUGUUCUUCGGUAAGCACACACGCAAGCAAACAUUCGAGGUGACAUACUUCGCGCGUAAACGGUGUGUAGUGUCCGUUCUCCAGUGAAAGUUGUGAAUUGAUACGAUGCUAUAGUUGUGCUCAUUUACAAGAAAAAAAAACCGCAAAGAAAUUACUCCAAAUCAAGGCGAAGAUCACUGAUCUGCUAAAAAUUUUAAGAACAUUUACUUGUUAUUUUUGAAACACUACUGCUGCUCAGUGGACAUUAAUGAAACAGAGUGUAGACCCCUUAUCGAUUGUUCGUGUGCAAAAGAGAAAAUUAUGCUAUCAAACAUGUACGCAACCAACUCAGCUGUGUUUACGCACGUGCAUUAUUCGCAAACUGCUGUGCUGACCGUUAGACACUGACGUGUACUACGCGAGCGGAUGCAGUCGAUACGAGCCGCCACAGACACAAUGGACAAACGUUUCACAUGAUGAAAGUGGGUUGUCUAUCGAGUAAAAAGUGCAGUUUAUAGUGGAAUGUGUGAAGUUAUGCAAAGUUACUUUAACAAACUCAAACUUGUUUAAGAACUAAUUUGAAAAGCAAUAGCAUCAGUAUUUUAGUAAGAACAAUAUUCAACCGUGUCUCGUAAAGCAACUUUGUGAUUCUGAUGCUCAGUAAUUAAGACCUUUGCCAAAUACCAACUUUGAGAUGUAUCAGCCCGAUAGUUUGACCCGGCACCCCAGUAUGGGUGAAAAGUUAUCCCCCAGCCCGGUGGCUGCUGCUGAUACGGUCAACACAAAGCACACCAAAGGCACGGAAGUAUCCAAAGACAAAACAAAGCACCGACGCAACAGCAAGGAAGAAAAACAAUCGUCCUCCAAGAAAACGCUUAAAUUUCAACCACCAUUACAAGAUGGCGAUCAGCACGAUCGCAAAUCCGUACUAACUGCGUACGUGCUGUGGCUGUUUGGCGGUGUAUUCGGUGUCCACCAUUUCUACCUGCGUCAGGAUCGCCGAGCAUUCAUCUGGUGGAGUACGUUGGGCUACUUUGGCAUCGGUUGGUUGGCGGAGAUACUGCAGAUACCGUCCAUGGUUCGGGAUGCAAACGAUGAUCCACGGUUUGUGCAGGAGUUUAACGCAAAGUUACGCACGAACCGGAAGCCACCAUUCUCCACCGGACGCUUUCUGCUAGCGAUCAUGAUCGGAUACUGGUGGGGUCAGAUGAUCAUGAUCGCGAUACCGCAGGCUGUAUUUUACGGCAUCGAUUGGGGCUUUCUGCAUUGGCUCAUUCCAUUCGGUGUAGCAUUGGGUGUCUGGACGGUGGGUAAUAUGGGGCGAGAGAAGGGAGUCUUCUGGCACUGUUUGCUCGUAUCGUACGGUUCCUACCUCUCCCGAUACUUUGUCAUGGAUGAGGCAUACUGGUUUACGACGAUGGCAUUCUGUAGUGCGCUUGCGUUCGAUCACUUCUCCAAGGAAUGGAACCUGGAAGUACCCAAAAGGAAGCGUCUUGCUAGACGACUAGCAACGUUAACAGCAUCCGCAGUUAUCUAUCUGUCCUUGUGGGGUUGCUUUGUCUACUUCAAUGGUACGAUCACGGACAGCGAGGGCGAUGAGGUUCCGGUACACGAGGCAAUUUACAACUUUCUCAAAUCACCCUGGUGGACGGAUCUGAAACAAACCCUGUACGAUACGGUACAGUUUGCAAAGCAUCACGGCUGGGCGGAGGUUUGGAAGCAAAUCAUCGACUCGAUGGAUGCGGAUGGUGAACAGAACGCUUACAAGGUGUUGGGCAUUAGUGCGACUGCCUCCCAGAAUGAAAUCAACACACUGUGUCGCAACCUGUCGAAGGAAUCGCACCCGGAUAAGGUGAAGGACGAAAGCAAACGUCGUGCAGCGGAGGAACGCUUUAUGGAGAUACAGCAAGCGUGCGAAGUCCUGAGCAAGACACGUAGAAAGCGUCGUCAGCGAAACAAAAAAUCCGAUGAACUGUAGACAGGGUGAUAGUGCGAUCGCAGCGAUGUAAAUAGUUAGCAGUUUCAAUGGUGAGACCAUAACUCACUCUAUAGAGAUCUGUACCGUAGCGUGACUUACAAUCAAUAAAAUAUGUUAUUCGAUUA